UGCGAAGCUCGCCAAAGCGCGACACUCCCCACAGCCAGGGCUCACUUAGCGCAGAAGUGAACAGAGCAGUGCGGUGACCUGUCCGCUCUCUCUUAUCUCUUUUCACCAUAAGAAUCUCAAGAAAAUAACAACACCAGCCGUGGAUAUAUUAUUGCACGCCAGGAUCCCUCACGGUCCGACACUUAUUUUUGAGCUGGAACGCACUGAGGAAAAUGUCAGCUUCAGUACUGUCUUCCAUUUACGACUUCGACCUGUUGUACAGGGAGAAAAGCCAAGGCUCUAAUGCAGUGCAUCUGAACAACGUGCUGGACAGGAGAACCGUAGGGAUACCGCUCUCCACAUCCAAUAAAAACAAUAACAGGUUCAAUGCAGGCGGCUACUUGCGGGCGAACUCCAUCAGCCACAUGGACUCUAUCAGCGGGGGCAAGGAGAGUCCUACACCAGCAUAUAUGAAUAAGGAGAACAAGUUUCGAGACCGCGCCUUUAGCGAGACAGGGGACCGAGGUCAGCAGCUGCAGGAAAUGCUCCAGUCUAAGCCCGGUUCUCAGAUCAACUCGACUCGUUAUAAAACCGAACUGUGCAGGCCUUUUGAGGAAAACGGUUCAUGUAAGUACGGCGAGAAGUGCCAGUUUGCACACGGCUACCACGAACUGCGCAAUCUUUCCCGCCAUCCCAAGUACAAGACCGAGCCAUGUCGCACCUUCCACACCAUUGGGUUCUGUCCAUAUGGCCCGCGCUGCCACUUCAUCCAUAACGUGGACGAGCGCAGAUCCGCGCCGAGCACGCAGAUGAGACUCCAGCGAGGCGAGUGCGCGCUCCCGCCCGAGAAGGAGUCCGCUCCGUUUUUCACACACAAGGACAGACCCAGGUUGCACCACAGUCUGAGUUUCUCAGGCUUUUCAAGCUCUCACGGUGCCAUGAUCGAGAGCCCUACUUCUCGCACGCCGCCGCCCCCCGCCUCCUGCGCGCUCUCGUUCUUCGAGGACUCACUGGCUCCGAGUCCACAUUGCCUCAGUGCCUUUAGGAUGCCCGAACAGGACCUAAAGGCUUUCCUCGCCCCUUUAAUCCCGCACGCCCAAAGUGCUUUUAGUGGGCAGGCAUCAUACGGUGCGCCACCUUCGCCUCCGUUCCCAGUGAGCUCUCUAGCGCCAGUGCGCCUGAUCUCCGAUUCGCCACCGGUGUUUGACUCCCCGCCCAGCCCUCUGGACUCGCUCUCGGACCCGGAGAGCUUCGUCAGCGUCUCCCGCUGCUCGUCCGGCACGAUCAGCGGCUCUGAGUCGCCCAGCCUGGAUUCAAACAGACGUCUGCCAAUUUUUAGCAGACUGUCUAUCUCAGACGACUGAUUUUAUUAUUAUUAUUAUUAUUAUUAUUCACAGUUGGUGAUUUUGUUAAGCUGGUAGGCCCAAGCUUGCCAUUUUUAAAAACCAACAAAUAAACAAGAAGGUGCCUUUUAAGUAUAUAGUUAAGGGUCUAAUCAAGGGCUCUUGUUUUUACCGAUAAAAGUAGCUACAUCGGGAAAAAAACGUGUGACGUGCCUUGUUUUUAACGCCCCCCUAUGGCGUAUGUCAGUCAGUGCAGUUUUUGCUGCUGAUGGAAUGUCGCUGCAUUUAUUAAUGCGUUUAUAAGUGCUAUCAUUGCGCUUUGCUACAUGCUAUGAAACCUAUUUAACUUUAUUUAUUGUCAUGUGAAAAGUAUGGCCUCUGUGGAUCAAAUGAGUCCAUGUAGUAUUUAUCAAGUCUAAAGCAAUACAUUUAUAUUUCUUUUUAAAUUAUGAUUAUGUCCUCCAAUGUUAAUCUGGAAUCACUUUUUUCACAAUAAUAUAUUUUUGUUAUUGGAGGUAUAUGUGUUGUAAAUAAGUUAAUAAUUUAUAAAUUGUAUACUAUUUAUUUCAGUUUUGUUUACAACAUGUGUUAAAAGUAUGGGAGCAUCUAAAGAGGCCUCAUUUCUUUUUUUUCUUCUUUUUUUUGGGUGGGGGCAGAGGAUCUCUGGGCAUUUGAUUUGUAUAGGAUGUAUAGGAGUCUUUACAAGGUGUAAAGUUGUACUUGCCUUUCACAGUUCAAACCACCACAAAACAUAUGGACAAUACAGAAACCAAAAAAAAACCUUCUUUGCACAUAGUUGCACUAUUUCAGUCAAGUGCCAGAGAAUGUAGCAGUCACUUAUUAUCUUGAUGUUAACUUUCUAAAAUGUGCCUAUGGAGUAAAUGAUCUCACAUAUUGUAGAUCAGCCUAACCAAGGAUUAUGUUUUAGUGCCUAUGUCAAGCAGAUUGAGUUGAAUGUAGCUUUUGUUUAUAUAAAUCAAGAUUAUGUUGAUUUAGACUAUUUAAAUAAUUUUAUUCAGUUAAGAGCAUUUAUUUCCGGAUCAUUUUGAAUACACCAUUCCUUAUGAUAAGAUAAAAAAUAAACACAGUUUCUAUUUUGACUUCAUAUGGAUGAACUAAACUUGCUGGUCGGGAAAAUAUGUUGUAUAAUGUGUAGUUAACUUGUAACGAUCAGUUGGACUACUUGGAUUAGAAGUUAACAAAAAACGUUUGAAUGUAAAGACAGGUCAGUUCAAUUUAUGAGGGAUUGUGUAUGCAGAUACAUCAAUGUAUACUUUGAAAUAUUUUGCAUUGAUAUCCUAAUAAAGAUACAUUUUAAGUAAAA